AUGUUAGAUGAUUGCGCGACGAUCCGACCCCAGAACGUCAAUCGCAUGAAUAAUAUCAAACUGCAAACAGAACAAAGGCGCUACGUGUUACAUGGUAAAGAAUCAGGGUGUGAAAUAGGACAUCAAGAUGUAAGAUGUGAAAAUGGAACAAGGCAUCAAGAUGUAGAAUGUGAAACAGGGCAUCAAGAUGUAGGAUGUGAAACAGGACAUCAAGAUGUAGGAUGUGAAACAGGGCAUCAAGUUGUAGGAUGUGAAAGUAGAACAGAACAUCAAGAUGUAGAAUGUGAAACAGGACAUCAAGAUGUAGAAUGUGAAACAGGGCAUCAAGAUAUUGAAUGUGAAACAGGACAUCAAGAUGUAGAAUGUGAAACAGGGCAUCAAAGUGUAGAAUGUGAAACAGGACAUCAAGAUGUAGAAUGUGAAACAGGACAUCAAGAUGUAGAAUGUGAAACAGGGCAUCAAGAUAUUGAAUGUGAAACAGGACAUCAAGAUGUAGAAUGUGAAACAGGGCAUCAAAGUGUAGAAUGUGAAACAGGGCAUCAAAGUGUAGAAUGUGAAACAGGACAUCAAGAUGUAGAAUGUGAAACAGGACAUCAAGAUGUAGAAUGUGAAACAGGGCAUCAAGAUGUGAAACAGGGCAUCAAGAUGUAG